UUCUUGUGUUUUUAUAAACAAAACAAACCGGCAAAAUAGUUUUUUCCCAUGGGCAGAAAAUAACUUAUAAAAGGAACCAUGUCCUCUAAGCGAUAUGGCCCCAUGAAAGACUUUGCGCGGGCCAAAAAACCCCGCCUGGAUGUCAGCGUGACCCGCGGAUCAACGCGGCCCAGCCCGCCGAGAAAUAAUUUUGAAGGGGUUUUCUGGGAUGACGAUGACGACGAUGUUAUCCUGAUGGCCACUCAGAUGGCGGAGGCAGAAAUAGAAGCCGAAGAGCGUAAGAGGAAGGCUGUAACAGAGGUGGACAUUGCCAGUAGUGAGGUGACCUUCAGUGAAUUCGCUCCCAUGGGCCAGGGCUCCACCAGCACCCAGCAAAUGCUUCCACCUCCAGCACCACCGGCGCCUAAACCGUCCACUGCUCUGGACAUGGAUGCCAUUUUUGGAGACGACGAUGACUUUGAUUUUCUGGCCGUAACUCUCAUCGACAGCGAGCCAAAAAUGCUUCCAGAACCGAAGCCAAGUACGAGUAGGAUCACGACUUCCAGGAUUACAAGUGUUCAACAAAAAACCACGACCACAUCCACAACGAGCAUCAAUGCCACUCAAUCUCGCCAGCAGGAACACCAGAUCAAGUUCCUCAUGGAACGGAUCGAAGCCCUUAAGCGGGAUAAGGCCCAGCUGGAAAAGAAUCUGGGCGACAGCAACCAGCGCAAUGAGGUCAAGUCGGGAGAGGUAACAUUGCUUCGCGAUGAAUUGAAGCACGUGCGACAGCAGCUACAGGCGAGCAAGAUGGAAAAGCUGGCUUUGGCCGACGAAACGAACCGGGAUUGCAACAAAAAAGUUGCGGAGGCGGCCAAACAAAUAGCAGCCAAGGACAUCGAGUUAAAGAUAACAAAUGCCGAGUAUACCAAGUUAAAAACGCAGCAAAGGGCCCAUGAAAGAAGUAUGAAUUUAAGCAUGAGCAUUGUGCAGGCUGCGUCAAACCCAUCUGAGAAGCGUUCCUUACUCCGUCUUCAUAGGCUUAACGUGCACAGAUCUGUGUCCAGAGUGAAGCCGAAUAAUGGUAGUAUGUUUGAAUAUAACGAGGAAGAGGAUGAAGGAAAAAAGAGAAGGAACCCUUUUGAACUUGAGCUGAAGCAACUGCUCCUCCAUUACGCUCACUUGCAGGCGCAACCGGAAACCUUGGAUAACCUCGUCCCAAAAGUUCUCUCCUCCGCCAGCAAGGUUUUUGUGGAGUUUGCUUCAUAUGCUCAAAGCUUGGGUUUUCCACACAAUUGCAUGCUAUAUCCAUAUAAUCCCUACAACCUCGAGGAGCAAGUUCAUCACAGCUCCCUUUUGCAGCAGGGUAGCAUGCAUGAGAACGAAAGAGCUGUGCCAUUGCGUCGCUACAUGGCUACAUUGGCUUUGAUUUGCCGGCAAGAGGAAAAUAUUUCCAGAGCUCUACUAGAGUGGAAGGAAAAUGAUCUGGGAUUACUAGAGGUAGCCGUUGAAGCUGUUAUAAAACUGGGAUUUUCCUACGAGGUUGACAAACAUUUUGGUUUGCUGGAAGCUUUGGCAUCGCUCCUGAAUAGUCUUCUACAAGGAGAGGGAUUGCUUCAACAGAAUGAGGAUUUUCUCUUUGAUCUCCUUAAGCAACUAGUUUUUACGCGUCCUAGUCCCUGGGUAUUUGCUGAGCUGAGCUCUUGCCUUUGCAGCUGCCUUCGACAACCUCAACUAUUGGUUAAGUUAUGUGUAAAUAGUCCAAAGGACUGCUUUGUGUCGGAUCGAGUUCGAUCUGUUUAUCGAUUUGGUCCCGACUCCUGUUUUCUUCAGGUCUAUGCGGGCUUACUGGAGAUAUGUUUAUUUAGUGAAACUCCUCUAAAAAGCGAUCACUUUCAAUUACUACUUAAAAUCGGAGGAAAUCAUAUACGCUUUGCUUUCGAGUGCUUCAAGAACCCACCGGAUUUCAUUCUGGAAAUGCUGCCGUACUUUGCAGAAGAUGGCGAGGAGGAUUCUAGUGAAAGUACUCUAAUGAAAGCAGGCAGCAGUUUAAGUUGCGCAUUCACUGGUGCUGUGCAAGGAUCAAUCUCCAGCGAAUCCACAUCAGCAUCAGUAUCAAACUCAAACCUAAAUUCCAAUUCAACUUCCAGUUCAACGCAGCGCGGUAAAGGCUGCGAGUGCUAUGUAAAGCUUUGCCUCAGUGCGGUCUCAAUUGUCUUCCAGGUGAUGCACCAAUGGAUGUUGCACGAGAGGAAAAAAGGUACUGAUGAGGUGGGUGAAAUUUCCCGCGUUGCGGUGCACCUGCUGACCCUCAUCUUUCAUGAGUACUACCUCACCUGCCUUUUCCGCGACUGCGAGGAGACAACCAAACACUACCUCAGCCUUAUUUGCAACUGGUGGAGUGAGCAUGCAGAUUUGCUUGGAUUUCAGCCGAUUCAUUUGCGUUUGUUAAACCAGUUGAUAAAAGCCCAUUUCAUGCUGAAACUUCUCCAUCAAGAAGCCAAUCCCAAGAAUCCAGGCAACGACCUCUCUGAGUGGAAUCGCAUUGUGAAGAAUGCCGAUACCCAAAAAUCUGUAAAGUCAGCUGGAAUAGCUAAUCCUAGUACACUUCUCGACAUCGACUUCUUUUGUGCCCUUAAACGGAAGGAGAACACGUUUGAGUUGUAUUAAUAAUGUUAUCUGUUAAGUUUAUAUCUACUUCAUUAUAGGAUUUUAAUGUUUCGAUAAGUUGUAAAGUUUAAACAAGUCUGUUAAUAAAGUGCUAUAAAGUUUAAGUGUCAUA